AUGCACGACUCCAUCCCUUUGUGCGCUCCCUGUGCAUGUUUUGUGAUGCUUUUAUCAAUUCAUACUAGCGUGUCACCCUGUGUUUUACACUCAUCUGUACCUGCAUAUGCAUUCGUAGAACAAAAAAAUGUAGGCCCACAUUCAGAAAUAAACCCCCUUUGCAAUUUAAGAAUCUUAACCGAGAUGAAUCCAUCAAAUAAUUUAAAAGAACAAGGAUCAGAGAUGGAACAAAUCAAAACUCGAAACAACAGAGAGAUUCCCCAAAGCGUAACAAAAAAAAACAUAUCCCAUGGGGUUCCGAAAAAGAGACUAGGGAGUUACAAAACGAACAAUUUGAGCUUCAAAAAUCAAAUGGAUAGACCAAAUGGAAAAACAAUACAAUUAGGGAACAAAGAAAGCGAAUGUUAUAAAGAAGAAAUUUCUGAAAAGAGCAUAAAACUAACAGAAGAAGAAGUUAUCACUAUUCUAGAUAAUUUAAAUGAUAUUGUAAAGAAAAAAGAAAUGUACACUCUCUGGUUUAAUGUUCAUAAUCAUAAUGUCAGAAAAUAUUAUGCUAUGAUGGAAUCUUUAUGGACAGAUGCAGUAAAUUUAGCAUCACAUCGUAACAUUACCCCCAGUGAUUUACUAAAACAUUGGUGGGCAGUCUAUGCAAAUCUUAUUUAUGAACUCAGGAACAUGGAUAAACUUUGCAUAAACAAAUUUUAUGAGUUAUUUGAUAAGGGAGAAUGUAUAAGUAAUGUGUAUAAAUCUUUCAUAAAUACGACAAAAAAAAUGUGGACUGAUUCUAUGAAUAGUAUGAAACAUAAAUGGAAUAAUAUCCUAUACGAUAUAUUAAGUAAUUCCCCCAAUUUAGAUUACAAAAGUGCUAUUAGUCAGUUAUAG